AGCCGCAGCUUCUCAUAUAAAUAAGGCAUCAAAAUGUUCUUGAGGGAGACUGUGCUCACUUGUGCACCGCUGGAGGAUAUUAUUGGCGUCAGACAUCUGCACCUCUGAGCCUUCAGCGUCUACUUUUUGGGAUUCUACUACCUGUGGGGGUUCCUCAGUGCAGUUGAAUAACAGCAUUCUUGGAAAUCAGAUAAACAAAGAGUGAUGGCCACAUCAGAGCCUAGAGCCACCAGCGGCGACCAGGACCCAAACACUGCCAAUUUAAGACCCUCAUCCACAACCUACGAAUAUGCGUGGAUGCAUGGCUGUACACGGAAACUGGGCAUGAGGAUUUGUGGGUUCCUGCAGAAGAACAACAGUCUGGAGGAGAAGGGUAGACUGGGUCAAAAGAACCUGCUCUCCUGUGACAACAGUGACAGGGACGCCCGGUUUCGACGCACCGAGACAGACUUCUCGAACCUGUUUGCUCGAGAUCUGCUGCCUGCAAAGAAUGGAGAAGAACCGACCAUGCAGUUUUUACUGGAGGUGGUUGACAUUCUUACCAACUAUGUGAAGAAGACGUUCGAUCGCUCCACCAAGGUGUUGGACUUCCACCACCCUCAUCAGCUCCUGGAAGGCAUGGAGGGCUUCAACCUGGAGCUGUCUGACCAGCCCGAGUCUCUUGAGCAGAUCCUAGUGGACUGCAGGGACACACUCAAAUAUGGCGUCCGGACAGGUCACCCUCGCUUCUUCAACCAGUUGUCCUCAGGUUUGGACAUUAUUGGCCUGGCAGGAGAGUGGCUCACCUCCACUGCCAACACAAACAUGUUCACCUACGAGAUCGCGCCAGUGUUUGUUUUAAUGGAGCAGCUGACCCUUAAGAAGAUGAGAGAGAUGAUUGGCUGGCCGGGCGGCGAGGGAGAUGGCCUCUUCUCGCCCGGGGGCGCUAUUUCAAACAUGUACAGCGUGAUGAUUGCACGUUACAAAUAUUUUCCCGAGGUCAAGACCAAGGGCAUGUCUGCUGCUCCUCGCCUGGUUCUCUUCACAUCCGAACAUAGCCACUACUCGAUCAAGAAGGCCGGUGCUGCUCUAGGUUUUGGCACUGAGAAUGUGAUUCUGCUAAGCACGGAUGAGAGGGGCCGGGUCAUUCCUGCUGAUCUGGAGGCUAAGAUCAUUGAUGCAAAACAGAAGGGUUACGUGCCGUUGUUUGUGAACGCCACAGGUGGCUCCACUGUCUAUGGCGCUUUCGACCCCAUCAAUGAGAUUGCUGACAUUUGCGAGAAGUACAACCUGUGGCUGCAUGUUGACGGAGCGUGGGGCGGUGGUUUGCUGAUGUCUAGGAAGCACCGUCAUAAGCUCAAUGGAAUUGAGAGGGCCAACUCUGUCACAUGGAACCCUCAUAAGAUGAUGGGUGUACCCUUGCAGUGUUCAGCGAUCCUUGUCAGAGAGAAGGGACUGAUGGGGGGCUGUAACUCCAUGUGCGCUGGUUAUUUAUUCCAACAAGACAAGCAGUAUGACGUCACAUAUGACACUGGGGAUAAAGCCAUCCAAUGUGGUCGGCAUGUCGACAUAUUUAAGUUCUGGCUGAUGUGGAAGGCGAAGGGCACCAUUGGCUUUGAGCAGCACAUUGACAGGUGCCUGGAUCUAUCUCAGUACCUGUACAACAAGAUCAAGAACAGGGAGGGAUAUGAGAUGGUGUUUGAUGGAGUGCCUCAACACACCAACGUCUGCUUCUGGUACAUCCCACCCAGUCUGAGGGGAAUGCCAGACAGUGAGGAAAGACGGGAAAAGCUCCAUAGGGUUGCACCAAAGAUCAAGGCCAUGAUGAUGGAGACAGGAACAACCAUGGUGGGCUACCAGCCUCAGGGUAAUAAAGUCAACUUCUUCCGUAUGGUCGUCUCCAACCAUGCGGCCACCCAAUCUGACAUCGACUUCCUAAUUGAUGAGAUUGAGAGGCUGGGUCAUGACCUGUAGACCUCCUUUUCCUACCACUGCUGUGUUCUAUAUGUUGUAAUUCUAUGGCACAUCACUCCAACUGUCCCCGCCCGAGGACACCAACAAAAAGACUGAAAGACCCACCUGCCCUACACACACAUUUUUCCUCCUUUAGCUGUAUGGCGACAAACCGUAGUUCCAGGGUGUGUGCCAGUUGGAAGUCUCGUAUUGCGUGUGUUCAAUCUAGUGUCAUUUAAUGUAAAAUCUCGUUGAAUGUGUGCGCAAGUGUGUGUGCAUGUGUGAAAAGAAGAAAAGCACAGCUCAUAACAUGACAAAGCAUCAUCAAAUUAUUGUUCUGUAUACAAGAGUGCGGGUAGCGUGUGUAUAUAUAUAUAAGUAUUCCAAGGAUGCUAUUUAUUAAGGAUAAGCUAAUGAAUAUGUGAGUAAAUGUAAUAUGCUGAGAGGAAGCUUUCGCUGCUUAAAUCACUGUAUUGGCAAAAUUGGACGGAUUACGACAAUGAAAACAUGUUUGCAGCUACUCUAUGUCAGUGAUGAUGGUCUUGAAAUGCUCGAUCAUUGUCUGUUUCAUGCAAUCAUGUGAUAUCUGUAUGUGUUCUUUAUGACUAUUUAUUCAUAUUUUUAUUAAAUAGAAAAUGUUGCAUUUCCAUUGUAUACAGAUUCAGGUAUUUUAAUGUAAAUGUAUCAUGUGUAGUACAUGGUAAUAAUUUGUAUUAUGUCAAUCACGUGAAAUCUAAAAAAUAAUGACUGUCGGCCAAAGAACGAAUAGAGCGGAAAUGUUGCAGUCGUUAUUUCUCAUAUAUAACUUGUAGAUGUUUGUAACCUGUUACCCUCAACUGCGAUGCAAUUUCUAUCGUGCAUUUAUUUCUGUGAUUGUGAGUCUUUUGAAUGUUUGAUGGGAUGGAGAAAGAUAUCUUUAUAUUACCGGUUGAGCGAGUUGCAUAGAAAUGUGAGAAUGUACUCUCUUCUUGAGAAUGGAUAGCAAGAAUUAUGGUAUCUGUCAGAAUUCUAACGCAUUUAACUGUAAUAUAGUCUAUUUAUUGUAAUACAUAUUAAUGUAUUUCCAGUAUUAUGAGAGCUCAAGGGACUAUCUUGUUUGAGGAGGCCCUCUUGUGUCUUUGCACUAGGUUCACCUUUCUUUCCUCCAUUGUAAAUGGAUGUGUAUAAUGGCAGUAUGAUGUAGAGAUAUUUAAAUGAACAUCGAUGGCGGGGCCAUUAUAGAGGAAUUGCAUUAUUCAUAUUGAAACAGUUUGUUGUAAGGAACUCCUGUUUGUGACCAGUAUGGUUUAAGAUUUAUAUAGCUGUAAAGGAAUGUACCCAGGAGAUUAUCUAGAGGCACUUUAACGAAAAAUUUAAAAAAAAAAAAAAAAACACAGCGUCUCAAAUAUAAUGUUUAAUAAAAUCUAUUA